AUGGUCCGGAGAAUCCAACUUCUUAUACGUACAAAUCCCACAACACGACGGUUACCUCCCCUCCUCACCGUCGCCAAGACCUUCGCCUUCGACCCCAGCCUCCUCCAGCCCAAGCCCUUUGACACCUCCUUUCUUCUCGCCGAGCUUGGCCUCAGUCACUUGGCUCACACCAGACUCGCCGAUAGGUAUUCUGGUGGCGAGCGAAGACGGGUCUCCUUCGGCCUCAGCCUCUUCCACGACCCUACCGUGCUGCUUUUGUAUGAGCCCACCUCCGGCCACGUCAGUGCCGGUGCUUUCAACGUCAUGCAGAUUCUAAAAAUCAAGCUUUGUUUCUCAUCGUCGAACCAUUGUGGCUUCACGCUGUUGCUGCCUUGUUCGGGUUAUUGGAGAGGGAGAGAGGGAGGAGGGAGGAAAAGGAUGAGGAUCUCAUGGAGAGCGAGCAAAGGCAGCGAGGAAAUUAAAAUAAAAGAAAUGAAAAUGGUGAGGAGCUCGCUGAGGUUCUUGGCAAGAAAUAGGGCUUAUGUUGCAAUGAUCAGCAAUCAGGUCAUUUACUCGGGCAUGGCUUUGCUAUCCAAAGCUGCCAUUGCCAAGGGAUUGAACCCUUUUGUCUUUGUUAUUUACCGCCAAGCUCUUGCCUCCCUCGUCUUGGCUCCCUUCGCAUUUUUCGACCGUAAACAGGAUUCUCCCUUGUCAUUCAACUUACUGUGCCAAAUCUUCCUUGUUUCCUUAGUUGGGAUAACCCUAUCUGCAAACUUUUACUGUGCUGCACUCAACUAUAUCUCUGCAACAUUUGCCACAGCCUUCUCAAAUAUCGUCCCGUGCGUUACUUUCAUCUUGGCUGUUGCACUGAGAGUGGAAAGCGUCUCCUUGAAGCAUAUGGAUGGGAAAGCCAAGAUUCUGGGCACUAUUUUGAGCCUUUCAGGGGCAAUAAUAUAUGCUUUCGUCAAAGGACCUCCAAUAGGUUCCAUGAAUGGCCAUCCAUCCAACGAGCAGAACAAUUCUGAGUCAUUAACAGCAUCUCACUCUAAAGAAGCUCAAAUUAAAGGGUUUAUUUUUACGUUCUCAUCAAACUUCACUUUGGCUUUGUGGCUUAUUUUGCAGGGAUUUGUUGUGAAGAAAUAUACAGUAAAACUUCGCCUCACAGCUCUACAGUGCUUGUUUUGCUGUAUGCAGACAGCUGUUUUGGGUGUAAUAUUGGAAAGGGAUCCUUCAGCAUGGAAGCUUGGAUGGGACAUUAACCUUCUUACUGUGGUUUACUGUGGUGUGGUUGUGACAGGGAUUUCAUAUUGGCUGCAACUGUGCACUAUAGAGGAGAAAGGCGCAGUAUUCUCAGCAUUGUUCACUCCUCUCUCUCUCAUCAUCACUGCCAUUUUCUCUACGCUUGUCUGGCGAGAAACACUUCUCUGGGGAAGUAUUGGUGGGAUGAUUUUGCUAGUGAUUGGUCUUUACGCUGUGCUGUGGGGGAAACACAGAGAGAAUAAAAGGACCAAAGCCAUAAUGAAAUUGAAACCACUGAACAAUCAAGAGGACACAAUCACACUGCAUUGGAGAUUCCCACACAGAACGCGCAGAUGUCCAUUGAAGCACCCUCAACAAAGUAAUGGUUUUCACCUGUUGAAUAAGUCCGUCGGUAAAAACAUCAUCACUAAUUCAUUAAUGAUAGAAUUUCAAAUUUCGUUACUCAUUAGCAAUGAAAAUAGUGACAAAAUUGAAAUUUCAUCACUAAUUAACAUCAAAAUUAGUGAUGAUAAUUUGCUGACACUAAAUAAAAAUAAGUUAUUCUAA